GAAAUUUAUUAAUAGAAAUACUCAAAGAGUUCAAAGAUAUAGUGGAAAAUAAAAAAACAGAUAGCGUAAGCGCAGCGAAGAAGAAGGCUGCUUAGGCGCAUAUUGCGGAGAAAUUUAAUGCCUCAUCUAUGAUAAAUGAGUCAGCAUCAGGAGAACAAUUAAGGCGCCUUUGGCAAAAUUUGAAGACCCGUCAAAGAGAUGCCCUCACAAGAGAGCGUCAACACAGAAUGGUCACUGGUGGUGGUGGUCCCUGCCCUGAUGCUAACAUCAACCCAGACAUAGCCGAGAUAUCUCCUGCUCUCUUCGUAGAAAUACAAGAUUCUUUGGACUCGGACCACAUCGAGGUGGAAACUGUUCAGGAAGAAACUUUCAUGGAAACCAAUGUACCCCCCCCCCUGCUGUUGAUACUCCAAUACAAAAUCCAGAAAUCACAAUCCAGCCAAAUCCCACUAUCUCACAUAGCACAAUUCAAUCUGUUGAAUCGAACCCCGAAUUAUUGUCAUCGAAUGAAAAAAAACUGUGUACAAAUUUUAAAAGCUGAACAUGUCAGUCGAGAAAAAAGAGCAGAAGAACUACACAAGCUCCAAUUAAAAUGUAUAUUAGAAAAACACAAUUUAGAAAUUCAGAUUAUGGCAGAAAAACUAAAAGAAGCGAAAGCAAAAGCCGAGUCAGCACAACAUCACCAGUGAACUUAUAUUAGUAAUUAUUAUAUUAUGUAUUUCUACUGAAGAGAGAUCUCCGCAGAAGAGCCUAGAGCACCUUUUUAUUUUUUGUGUUUAUUUUAUAGUUGUUGAUUUUGUGUUGUGAUUAAUGAUAAUUGUUUACGAUUGUUAAAUUUUUUGUAUUAAACUUUAAUAAUUAAAGCAUUGUGAGAACAAGAGAGUUCUCCGCAAAUGAGCCUAAAGUUCCUUUUAUUUUUUGUGUUUAUUUUAUUGAUGUUGAUUGUGUUGUAAUUAAUAAUAAAAAGAUGAUUAUUUGUACAUAGUUUUUUAUUUUUAGAAAAACUGUAAAUAUAUAAAAUCAAAAGUAAUUAUUAAUAAUUGUAUUUCUAAAAGCAAACCCAUCAGUAGUCCCUUCAUUGUUGGAUUCAUCAUAUGAGACUUCUUCAUUGAUGUCAUUAUCUUCUUCAUACGAAGGCAUCAUGUCAUUUGUAGACAAUGAUAUAUUAAAAAGGACAGCACAUGCUACGAUAAUAUUUGACACUGUGGUCAAUUUGUUGCCCAACCCCCUAUGUUGCGCUUUCCCAGUGGAAUUCGGAACCAACACUCGUAGCUCCAAAGACAUUUUAAAUAUUAUUUCCAAUAUGUUAAUGGCAGUGUUAUCAAACCCUGCCCAAACUGUACCGGACAGUAGGUUGAAAUUGGGGUUUCUGGAUCAGAUGGGAUCCAGAAACACCCAAUUUCAACUAUCAUUCACAUAUUCGAAAGUAGGGGUUCCGAGAUUAGAUCCAGAAACACUCAAUUUCAACCAUCAUUCAUAUAUUCGAAAAUAGGUGCAAUGAUUUAAUUAUUCAUGAAAUUAAUAUUAAGGUAUGUAUUCUGCGACGCACCUGUAUACGUGUAAUGAGCAAGUGUGUAUCUGUGCUAAUACAACUUAUCCAUUCAGUAUUCAAUUGUGUAUUCGAUAAUUCAAUAUCAUCUAUUCAGCACAUUGCAGUGCAAAUAAUUGAAUGCGGUUAUACGUUCUCCGAUGUCGUCUUAUAUAAAGCUUACGAUAUACGUCAGUGAUGCGAUAACUUAUUUAUGUCAUUUCCACAAACAAGGUACACAAAUAUCAUUAUUAAAACUAGGGAGGUCCUGGGUUUGGUCCUGAUUCGAAACAAGUAUAACUAAGUAUAGUUUUCUAUUAGUAAAAUAUAAACACGGUUACACAGAUAUAGCUUGGUAUGUAAAAUGAUGUAUGUAUGUAUAUAUGUAUGUCUUGAUAUGUUAGACCUUAUCAAGGUAUAGCACCCUAUCUACUUCUACAGGAAUGAUCUAUUUACUUAAAAUUUUAUGACGUAGAAAUAAAAAGCAAAUAAUAUUUAGAAUGAUUAUAUUUUAAAUAUCAAUUACAUGAAGUUGAACUUAACUUUUUAACUAUUUUAGUAACUAAAUACUCAGUUUCACUCAUGAUUUCAUCAAUAUCGCUUCGCACUAAAUAUUGUAUAUUGACGCUUGCACUAUCUGGAUCACUGUCUAUUUCGUCCAUAUGACGACCAUCCACAUCAUGUACAAUUAUUUUUAUUAUUCGGCGAACGGUCCCGGACUCUUUACGCAUGACAAAGGAUUUGUUUUUAAAAGAUUUUGAUUUAUUUUU